GUCCACAUCAGAGACGGCCAUUGCCAUGCCGCCUGCUAUGUCCACGUGCACUGUCCUUUCCACUGCCACGUCACAGACCUCCAUUCCCACCGGCAUAUUUCAUAUUUCAUGCCAUCUGAGUCAGAAGUCUUCUUCGGGAGAACCAUGUCUGAAUGACUCCCCUGUUGAGCUUGAGGGUUGGGUACGCCUAUGGGAAAAUGCUAAUUGCAUUUCUCCAGCGGACCUCUCGUGGGUGAAGGACGACACAGAGAGAGGGCUCUUCAGCCACGUCCAGGUGUACAAGCAGAGUACUGGAACGCUGAAGAGGCGACGGGUAAUGAAGUCAGACCGGAUGUGGUUCUACCCUCCUGAUCCUCCAGGCUACGUUAGUGGCGCUGUCCCAUCACCAAACCUCUUCUUUCGGAGCCGCAUCUUUGUCUGGUGGCCUGUUGGGGUAUGGAGAUACUCGCUGAAGUGCCCCCGUGGUGAAGAAUGCGUGGGUAGAGGAAAGGACGUUCACCUCUACAAGUCUGGCUACCACACAAAGGUUCGUCACAUCUGCGAUGUGUCCAAUUGGUACACCAUGUUGACAGAGGUCCUUUGCUGUGGACCAUGCACUAAAGCGGGCAGGAAAGGUGAAGGUGGAAAGGUGGGUCGUUGGUUAGCAUGGGAUAAUGCUAUCCUCUGCCAACUCAGCGAGGCUCACCAAGCCAUGUUCCCAGCCAUUCUCACAUUUAGACGUGGUGUGGACAAGAACAUCUGCAGCUUUUGAGGGACCGGACCGAG